UCACUCGAUGAUCCUCCACAAACAUACAAUUCUGGGGCUUUCACGUAAACCACCAAGAGAUGUAAUUUAUUAAAUGCUGGUGGUCCAAAUUUUUGGCGUGUAAUUAAGAGAAAAACAACACUACUAGAGCGAGGGAGCUCACAGGUCCACCUACAGCCGACCUUUGCAAUUAAUAAAUCCCUGUCCUACACACUUCCCUUCCACCGUUGGGAUGAGAAUGUCGAGGGUUGAACCAGAGUUUAUGAUCAAAAUGCUAGCUUCAAAUAGGAAAUACAGGUAGCUGCCGGAGCCUCUGAAGGAGAAAAUGGAAGAAGAUAAAUUGAGGACGAUCGACUGCUUGAGAGGGAGGCUGUUGGCCGAGAGAGUGGCUUCAAAGGCUGCUAAGGAGGAAGCAGAUAAGUUAGCCAAGAGGUUGCAAGAGCUGGAGGGGAAGCUUGCUGAAGAGAUCAAAUGCAGAGACAGAGCUGAAAGGAAGCUCAAGAAAGCUAUAAAGAAAUUGGAAUCCAGCAGUGCAUUAGGCGGCAAUCGGCAAAUGGAAAUGCCUCUGAGUUCUGUCAGUUCUUCGUCCUCGCAAUGCUUUUCUGUGGCUCGAAGUGGUCUGCAAGAUGUCGAAAUGAGGCCUUGUUCUUUGGGGUCAGAGGAUCUUAUCAAAGGCGAUGAUGCCUCUGGGAGUUCAAUGGGGGAAUCAGCUCAUCGAGUGGUUUCUCAAGAUGACAAUAAGUUGGCACUUGUUCCAGUAGGAGAGCAGCUGGUUGAUACUAAGGAUAACGUGCAGCGGGUUCUUUUGGCACUAAGAAAUGCCAAAGAGCAAUUGAUUCAGUCAAUAAGGAUGAGGGCUGAUAUAUAUCCUUCAACGGAUUACUUUGCUUAUCAGAGAAUUAAACUGCCAUAGUUCAACUGUCUUCUGCCAGAUUUCCUAUUAAAUUUGAGUAAAAAGAAGAUAUAUUAUUCUUAUUAUUAUUAGAUAAUUAGUGUAGAUUAAAUUGAUUAAUCUACUGGCCGCGGACGAAUUCAAGUAACAUUGCAAAUCAACGAUCCUCGUGCCGCACUUACGUCCAGUGACAGGCCUCCACCUCACCGAUCCGCGUCUAUCGAAUUUUAAUCAAAUCCGUCCGCUCAUCUCAACGCGAUCAACGGACGUAGUCACCUCAAAUCCGUUCCGAAGUCAUCUAAACUCGUCUCGGCCACUAUAAAACCAUCACCU